AUGUUUAUAUUCUGGUUACUAUUACAGAUAUCUUUUUAUCUCUUUUAUGUAGUUUUGUUAUAUUGUAGAUGUAGUUGUCAUAGUUGUCUGUAUUGAUGCCGGUUGACCGGAGCAGUCAGGCCUCCCUAUGUGAAUGUGUUUGGAUAAAUAACGUUAUAUGAAGUCACUGAUAUCCGUGUAUGGUGUGGAGCUGUCCUCGGAGGCGUGCAGAGAUGUCGGCUUCUCCAGUAACCUACUGUGCAGCUCGUGUGAUCUGCUCGGACCAUUUGGGCUGAAUCAGGUCGAGCCCUUCUGUAGACGCUGCUGCCAGGAAGAGGCGCGUCUAGAAUCCAGAAAAAUGUACGCGGGGGCCAUUCUGGAAGUUUGUGGAUGAAAACUGGGGAGGUUCCCUCAAGUCCAGGCUUUUGUCAGGAGUGACAAGCCCAAGCUUUUCCGGGGUCUGCAGAUCAAGUACGUGCGCGGCUCCGAUCCUGUACUAAAGCUUCUGGACGACAACGGGAACAUCUCUGAAGAACUGAGCAUCACCAAAUGGAACACAGACAGCGUGGAAGAAUUCCUGAGCGAAAAACUGCACCGUGUAUAAUUUAUACAUAAUCCCAAUCCUGUUAUCCUAUCACCCCCCCUUCCUGUCUGCCGGGGGUCUCCCAUAGAUCUCACUUUGUCAGCCCUGCUAUACUGCAUCCUGUGGUUCGAUCUCUAUCGACGUCACCAGGUUACAGCCUGAAGGGGGGUUCAUUCUCUUCAUUCUCAAUUAUUUUCGUGCUUCUUUAAGGAGACUGAACACCAGCGACUGUUCUCCUGCACAUCAUCCAGGCCUUGGGUUUACUACAAUUGGGCACUGCCAUGGGUGUCUCACUGUGGCUCCCCAUAGUAAUAUCCAUAAAAACCCUUCCAUAUCAAUAAGCACAGAUGAUAAUCUCUUCUGAUAUCUCCUGCCGACCUGGGCUCUGGUCUUAUAUCUCUGCAAGAUUGUAAAUGUGUUAACAGCUUCGCUUCUGCAUCCUGCAACUUGUAGUCCUACCAAACUAUUCCUGCUCUAGAUGUUCAGAAGAAGCCUCUAGAGCAGGGUUUCCUAACCAGGGUGCCUCCAGCUGUUGCAAAACUACAUUCUCCCAGCAUGCCCAGAGUGCCUUUGGUAAAACACUGCCUUAGACCAUGCCAGAGGCGGUCUGGGCAUGCUGGGAGUUGUAGUUGUUGUUUUGCAACAGCUGGAGGCACACUGUUUGCCAUGGUUGAAGGCAGUGUUUUAACAAACAGUGCGCCUGCAGCUGUUGCAAAACUCCCAGCAUGCCCAAACAGCCUUUGGCAUGCUCAAAUGCUGUGUUUCCCAACCAGGGUGCCUCCGGCUGUUGCAAAACUACAAAUCCCAGCAUGCCCGGACAGUCUUUAGCAUUGUCUAAGGCAGUGUUUUACCAAACAGUGUGCCUCCAGCUGUUGCAAAACUAAAACUCCCAG